AUGAAUAAAAUACUUGGUCUAGUAAUUUUAUUCCUGGUAUUUAUUGCCGGUCUGAUUGCAUUAAUAGUUGUUAUUGCUAGACUUGGCAACACACCAGAUAAACAGCCAUUAACAUACCGAAAAAUCUUAUUUGUUGUUGUGGAUGGCAUUCCUGCAGAUGUUAUAGAAGAUAUUGCCGUGGAAAUUCCAAACAUGAGAAAGAUUCAGCAAAUCGGAGGUUAUACAAGAGCUUAUGUUGGAGGUGACGAUAAUAAUUAUACGCAAACGCCUACUAUUUCAGCGCCUGGUUAUAUGAAUCUACUGACUGGCACGUGGGCUAAUAAACACAAUGUAUACGAUAAUAGUGUCAAUGAUCCCAAUUAUCAUUACAAAAAUAUUUUCCGAGCCCUUAAAGAAAGUAAUUCUGCUAAACAGAUUGCCAUUUUCUCAACUUGGACAGCUAAUCGUAUUCAACUAAUUGGUGAAGGAUUAGCUGAUGCAGGCAAUAUCACUUUCGAUUAUAAAUUCGAUGGAUACGAAUUCGACGAAAUUACCUAUCCUCAUGAUCCAGAAGCCCAAUAUAUCUUUGAUAUCGAUCAGCGUGUUACUAACGAAACUGCAACAUGCAUCAAAACGUAUGGACCUGAUCUUUCAUGGGUUUAUUUACAAUUUACCGAUGAUGCUGGACAUGAAUUUGGAGAUAGUGAAAUGUUUAACCAAGCAGUCACCAAUGCUGACCGUCAGAUAGGACAAAUCUGGGAAGCUAUUGAUUACCGAAUGAAAAAUUAUAAAGAAGAUUGGUCAAUUAUUAUAACGACAGAUCAUGGUAGAGAUCCGAUAACAGGCGCAGACCAUGGCGAUCAGACACUUAGAGAAAAAACGACUUGGAUAAUAACAAACAGUAAAGAAAUGAAUAGCUAUUUUCAAGAUUUUCAGCCUGCCAUAGUUGAUAUAUAUCCAACAAUUGCAAAAUUGAUCGGUCUUAACAUUCCCGUUGAAUCUGAAAGAGAACUAGAUGGAGUGCCAUUGACAGGAAAAGUAUCAUUAAUAAAGCCAAAUGUUCAAUUGCGUAAUACCAGUUUACAUAUUAAUUGGACGAUUUUAGACCCUAGUGGAGACGUAAAAAUAUGGCUAUCAACCACGAAUUUAUUCCAGAAUGGCAUGAAAGACAAUUACAAUUUAAUUGAAGUAGUGUCCAUAAACAACAACGUAAUUGUUGUGGAUAUAGAAAGAUAUCCGUCGAACUUCUAUAAAAUAAUUCUAGAAGGACAAUACAAUACGAUAAACAGAUGGGUAUCUCGAUUAUAA